AUGUUUCGCUCGUUUUUGUUACUGUUGGCAGUCUUGACGUCAGCUCAGGCUCUGCUGGGAUUGGGAUGGAAGCAGUCGGUGGCGGUGACCGGAAGGCUCACUUGCAAUGGACUGCCUGCCAAGGAUGUGAAGGUGAAGCUGUAUGAGAAGGAGAAAAGUGAGUUGCAUCUCAAUGUUCAACCAAAAUGAAAUGUUUUUGCAGUAAAAGAUAUCAAAAUGGACGAGACAAAGACAGAUUCCAACGGCUUCUUCUCGGUGUCCGGAUACAAAACGGAGAUCACGACGAUCGACCCAAAGGUGAACUUCUACCACAAAUGCAACUACAACGGAGUGUGCUACAAGAAACUGGGCAUCACCAUUCCGGACAACUUCAUCACGAACGGAAUCAUUCCGAAGAAGACGUUCGACGUCGGAGAGAUCAAUCUGGCCAACAAAUUCCCGGGAGUCACGACUGAUUGUAUAAACUGA